CUGAAACUCUAAAAUCGCUUCGCUCAGCUCAGCUCAGUCUCUCUCUCUCUCUCUCUCUCUUUCUCUCGCCGUGGUGACUGAAAUCUCUCUCUGCCUCGGCGGAAACUAGACUCCAAUUGAGCUCGCGCUCUUCUCUACUUCGCUCUCGCCUGCUGUUCGAACCCCGACUCUCCGGUGCCAGGUUCCGUCUCGGUAUCAUUCCGGAUUUGCUGAAUAGAUCCUUCCCCGACGCCGUUCGUGUUUUGCCUCACGCCAUCUUCUUUCGAGGCAAGUGCUCUGAGUUCUUCGAGCUUCGCUGGCGAGGGCGUUCAGACUGAGUACAAUAAAAAGAAGAAGAAGAGAUGGACGUCGCUGAGAAGCCAGCAGAGAUUUCGCCAGAUGAGUCUGUUGCCAACCUUGUUGAUGCCAGCAUAGAGCAACAAGAGUCAUCCCUUGUGACAGAGGAUAAAGAGGAUAAAAAACAUAGCACGAAUGGGCAAGUGGAUGUUCUGGAGACGGACAAUGACAAGACUCUUACAUUACCAAGUGAUAUCCCGAUGAAAGAAAGUCAGGAAAUGCCUGAGAAGGCUGAUGAUGAAGUUGCUGCUGCUAAUGGUGCUAAGGAAAUCAUCGGGUCUCUAGAUGAAAACCAGGAAAAUAAGAACGAGGGCAUAACAAGUGACCAAAACCGGAAUCAGUCAGAAAUUUCCAAAAAACUUCACCAUGAGGAAGUAGUGACUCCAAAAGCUGAGGAAGUAGUGACUCCAAAAGCUGAGGAAGUAGCAACUGCAAAAGCUGAGGCUGAGAGCACGAGAAAUUCUAACAAUUGGUUGAUUGAUCCCAAGGUAUUUCAGAUGGGAAUUGCGGAUGCAUCCGGGACUGUGGAGGAGCAAGCGGCAUUUAUGAAGGAACUGGAAAGGUUUCACAAGGACAGGGCCUUGGAAUUUAAACCACCUAAGUUUUAUGGAGAGCCACUGAAUUGUCUGAAGUUAUGGAGAGCUGUCAUUAAACUUGGUGGCUAUGACGUGGUGACUGGAUCCAAGUUGUGGCGUAUAGUAGGAGAGUCUUUCCAUCCCCCAAAGACCUGCACAACAAUCUCUUGGACAUUUCGAAUUUUCUAUGAGAAGGCUCUUUUGGAAUAUGAAAGGCAUAAAACACAGACUGGUGCACUCCAAUUACCUGUUGCCCCCAUCCUGCAACCUACAAGCAUUGAAAAGGAGGCACAGGCAAACCAAGCUGCAGGGUCAAACCGGGCACGUAGAAAUGCUGCAUCGCGUGCUAUGAAGGGUUGGCAAUCUCACCGCUAUCUUGAACAUGGCGAGGACAAAAAUUUUGCCUCUACAGCAAAGCGUGAAAGGAAUCUCAAAAGCAUAGGUUUACCUAGAGAUAAGUCAGCAACUAAUGUGGAGCAUGGGGAGAGAGCUGUUCAUCACGAGGCAGAUAAGCAGAUUAUGACGAGUGUCGUUGAUGUUGGACCUCCUGCGGAUUGGGUGAAGAUCAGUGUUCGGGAAGCUAAAGAUUGCUUCGAAGUAUAUGCUCUGGUCCCGGGCCUUUUGCGUGAAGAAGUGCGAGUUCAGUCAGAUCCAGCUGGACGUCUAGUUAUAACAGGUCAACCAGAACAGCUCGAGAAUCCUUGGGGCAUCACACCCUUUAAGAAGGUUGUGAGCUUACCGUCAAGAAUCGAUCCACUGCAGACAUCAGCCGUCGUUAGCCUUCAUGGCAGACUCUUUGUACGCGUACCCUUCGAACAAGGAUCAGCUUUAACUUGAUAUAUGAUAUUUAAGUUGUGUCAUUUGUUAUUUGCUUGAAGGGCUGUCUCAGAGCAGAUUGAGGAUGAAUGUCAGUUUCACAUUGACUCUCCUCAUUCUUCAGAAGGGAAGAAAAAUGAGGAUCCUUUUAAUGAUCUGAAAAUGUACCUAGCGUUACAUGCAAGCUAUAUCUACUUUAAUUUCGCGCCCUGCAA